GUUGCAUAAGGUUGGCCGUCUCCGCCACCGUAUGGCCGAGUCAUCUCGCAGCGUCCGCCACACGGGCUCGAGCGUGUGCUGGAGCGGCGUCAAGGUGACCGCGGGCUCCAAGAAGAACCCAAAGCCGAUCCUGAAAGGCGCGGGCGGCGAGGGUUUGAGUGGCUACGUCGAGGGUGGAAAGUUUUGCGCCAUCAUGGGGCCGAGCGGAGCUGGGAAGACCACGCUCCUCAACGCGCUCGCCGGCCGCCGACUGCCAAACUUUGAGGGCACGGUCCUCGUCGACGGCAAGGAGCCCGAUCGGCGCAGGAUCGCGUUUGUCAUGCAAGAGGACGUGCUCUGCCCGACGCAAACGCCGCGCGAGGCGCUGAUGUUCUCUGCGGGCUUGCGGCUCCCGGCCACCGUCUCGCUCGCGGAGAAGCGCAAGCUGGUCGAGGCGACCCUGCGCGAGCUCAAGCUCGAGCGGUGCGCAGACACGCUGGUCGGCGACGCCGUCAAGCGCGGCAUCUCGGGCGGCGAGAAGAAGCGGACGUCUAUCGGCAUCGAACUGGUGGUGCGGCCAAAGGUGCUCUUCCUCGACGAGCCGACCAGCGGGCUUGACUCGUACGCCGCGUACAGCGUCGUCGAGAACCUGCGCCAGCUCUCCGCCGUGGGCUGCACGGUGCUCUCCACCAUCCACCAGCCCAGCUCGGAGGUGUUUGGGCUGUUCGCGGACGUCAUCUUCCUCUCCCUCGGCGAGACCUUCUACUCGGGAGCGGCCGCCGACCUCCCCUCCUCCCUCGCCGCCCACGGCCUCGCGCCGCCGCCGCUGAGCAACCCGGCCGAUCACACCAUGUUCCUGCUCCAGACGAAGCCGGUCGAGGAGCUGCAGCGUGUCGCCGCGGAGCUCAACAAGAAGAGCACGGCGGCGGCGUCGGCCGCCGCCGCGGUCGACGCACACUUCGCCGCGGCCGGCGAGCGGCGCUCCCUCGCCACGUCGCUCGGCGCGUGGACGGGGUCGGCUCCUCGGCGCGGCGCCGGCAUCCUGACCGAGGUCUAUUACCUCGCGCGGCGCGAGAAGAACUCGCUGCUGCGCGACCGCGCCGGCCUCGUCGCCGCGAUCGCCGCGCCCUGCUGCCUCAACCUCCUCUUCGCGGGCAUCUUUUACCAGGCGGGCGAUCGGGAACGCCCCAAUUACCAGGUGAUGACGCACUUUGGAGCAAUCUCGCAGAUCGCGAUCGGUGGCAUGUUCGGCGCGGCGCAGCCGCUGCUGCUCUCCUUCCCGCUCGAGGCGGCGCUCUUCAAGAAGGAGUACGGCGUGGGCACCUACACUGCGACAACCUACUUCGCCGCCAAGACCGCCGUCGAGGUGCCCAAGUCCUUCCUAGUCGCCGCGCUGACGUGGCUCGUCUCGUACUGGCUCAUCGCCCUCGAGGGGCCCAUCAUCCUCUACAUCCUCGCCCUCUGGCUGAUGGGCUUCGCCAUCGCCUCGACGGCGCUGCUGCUCGGCUGCCUCGUCCCCAACGUCGAGGUCGGGCUGCAGGUCUCGCCCGCCGUCCUCGUCCCACAAAUCCUCUUUGCAGGCUUCUUCAUCAAGAGCGAGCAGAUCCCGCCCUUUCUGCGCUGGGCGCAGUACCUCUGCUCGCUGCGCUACGGCAACAACCUCUUCGCCCUCAUCGCCUUUGGGCCGCAGGAGACGGACAGCUGGGACAACUCCACGCGUGCGGAGGCGGAGCUGCUGCUCGAGCUCAACCAGAUCGAGCCCGGCGACUGGUGGGUGAACGUCCUCGUGCUCGCGAGCAUCGGGGUGGCCUUCCGCCUCGUGGCCAUUGCGGCGCUCUCCUGGCGCGCCGCUCGCACCGCGUGAGGCGCGCCGCGCUCCCCCGAGCCGCUCGGCCGAUGUACGAUCUCGGACCCCCCGAGCCGCUCGGCCGAUGUACGAUCUCGGAAUAUGUACGCUGGUUGAGAGAAUGAGAGAGGUGUUCAGGUUCGGCGAACAGAAGGGAAAGAAAACCUCUGUGAAAAGGG